AUGGCACCUCUUCUCAAUUCCCAAGAUGACCGUGCAGCUUUCCUUGAUGCCUGCAUCACAGAGCGCAGGCAGGUGUAUGAUGCCUGGGAGUCGCUUGGCCUGAUCAGUCAAACGAUAGACUGUCGCAAAGGCUAUUUCAUCAAGAAUGAAGCCAAUGAACUACAGGAAAAGAUUGAGCAAAUAGCGAAGUCGUUUGCUACAUCUUAUCAUGCAGACCGGAGGCAACUACAGUAUGACCUCGCCGAAGAAACAGUAUUCGGAGAAGAUGUGAUGAGGCUUGGGCAACAGUAUGGAGCAAGACUAUGGGGUCGGUUAGAAGACGGCGAGAUCCGCUCUUCUGGCGAGUCACAGGGACGAGGUAUUGAUGAGCACGACUGGGACGUCCUACAUGACCGAAAAAACAUUCUCUUCUUCAUUCGCUGUUGGGUUAUCAGCGUUGUGGUCAGAGAGUAUAGAGCAAGUCCGCGCAAGACAAGAGGGAAAAGUCGCGCUCUGGAAUCAGGGCCAUCCGAGAACCACUACAACCGUAACGAAAUUGCAUACCUCUCCGACUCUGCCAGCUCGGAGACUACCAAUGUGCCCUUCAGAGCGCCGGAACCACCACGCAUGUUCGCGACCCCUGAACCACAAAGAGAGGCUCCGCUAGCGACUGAUACUACUGGCAGGAGAUUCAAUGCAUGUAUCAAUCCUAAAAUUGCUAUUACCGCUCCCACGUAUUCCGACACUACAACACCGGAGCGCUUGCUGUUCAAGACGCAAAGGCAACGAGAGAGUACGCAUGACACAGAUGCAACAUGGAUACCCCGAGAGACUACAGCUGAGACUGAGACAGUGGUUGGUGGUGACGAAGUGACUCCUGGGGAAGUAGAUUCCAUACUACAGUCUGCCAUCGCUGGAGCAAAUGAAGACAACAUGCAGUAUGAGUACCACAACCAAUCUGCUGCUGGGCCAUCAGGUACCUACCGAAACCCUCUUAGACAAGACUCCGUUAUCCCGAACGAUACACAGCAGCAGAAUGGAACCGCGCAAGCUGAUGUAGAGCGUACCGAUGGGCAGGGCAACAUCAGCAACAGCGCCAUGAGCGGUGCGCUGAGCAACGCAUUAGAAAGAUCAUUGAUGACCCAUCCAUCAGACUCAGCAAGCUGGCAACAACGCAAGUAUAGGCGAGAGCUCUUCAAGCUCCUAGUAUCCUACCUCAACGGCAUAGAACAGUUCAGCUCGGAAAAUUACGACUUCACCGCAGAGGAGCGGAUGAACUUUCUACUCAACCAAUUCUGGGCCGGCGGCGACACGGAAGCCUUACAUACCAAGCUCGGUAGCGACAACGCUACGCGUAUACAAAUCGCACUAGAGAGCUGGAUGAACAUGCGACACCGGUUGAGCGAGUUCCGCAGCGCAACCGGCUACUUUGGACGGCCUGGCGAGCAAUGGACGCAGUUUCUCAGAAGUACGGACGAUGCGCCUUGUGCGCAGGCUAUGAUUGCUUUUGUUGACCUCCAGGACUUUGUGGAGAGCGGAGAUUGGAGAUAUGUUCGGGUUUAG